AGUCUUUGCAGACAAAAUGCAGGAAAGCGAAAAACAACUCCUGUCAGACAGCGCGCAGGUCGAAGGCUGAGCGUCCGACAUCCGUACUUCCGCUCUAUCCGUGGUUUUGAUAACAGCAUCCGUUAGCUCGGUCAUUUAACGCCGACAGGUCAUUUUUGCCUAUUAGAAAGUUACACCUUUCUGAAGUUUACUUCAACAUUUUGAGUUUCCAGCCUAUGUAAACUUUGACGUAGAAAACGUGAGUUUAAUGCGAGUUCCGCAGGUUAACUGGGGUUAGCUGCUAGCUUGUGUAGCCUGUCUUUCGUCGUCUUCGCGGAGGUCCGCUUCGAGCUGCUGGGCUUCAGCCUUAUGGCCUGAUCCAAACGCCGAGAAGAGCUGGUUUACGUUGACACGGACUCGAUAAUUCGGAGUCAUUGGCUGCUCUCGGUGGAGCUUCCCCUGUUGACUCUACUCCGGCCAGAGCUCCGCCUUCUCUCUGAGGCUGUAUUGAGCCACCAUGCUCACUUAGAGCCAGCCAGUGGGCCCGUGUCUUGCAACCAGAAUCCUCAGUGACCAUGUCCGAGAACCAAGCCAAUAACGUCCCUCUGAACAACAACAUUGGACCCAACAGGAUUCGAAACCCCAACAUCAACCAGAACCCCCUCAUCAAUGUCCGCGACCGCCUCUUCCACGCGCUGUUUUUCAAGAUGGCUGUUACCUACGCCCGUCUCUUCCCUCCGUCUUUCAGGAGAGUUUUUGAGUUUUUUGUCCUCCUCAAGGCUCUCUUUGUCCUCUUCAUCCUUGCUUACAUCCACAUUGCCUUCUCUCGCUCACCGAUCAACUGUCUGGAGGCCGUGAGGGAGCGCUGGCCUCGCGACGGCAUUCUGCGCGUAGAGAUCCAGCGGAACUCCAGCCGGGCGCCCGUCUUUCUGCAGAACCACGAUUCCUCUGGGCUUCAGGAAGAGCUGGAGGGGCAGGAAGACGCAGGAGGAGCCGUGGCACAGCUGAGCCUGGCAGCUUUGCAAGAGGAGGAGGAGGAGGAUGAAGAGGAGAUGACUCUGGAGAUGUUCGAGAACAGUUCGGUACAGUUUAAACUGGACAUUGAGCCUCGCCUGAAACCGUCCCUGAGAGGAGGAGGAGCAGGAGGAGGAGCCAAUGACAGCCAGGAUGUCUCCUUCAGCCAGACCUCUAAAGGUAUGCAGCCACUGCAGGAUUCAGUGUCUGAGCUGGAGAUGAUGACUCGAGCAGUCUGGCCUCAAGAGGAAUAUAUCGUAGAGUAUUCUCUGGAGUACGGCUUCCUGCGCCUUUCUCAGAGCACCCGACAGCGGUUGAACAUCCCCGUCAUGGUUGUCACUCUGGACCCCUUAAAGGACGAGUGUUUCGGGGACGGCUUCAGUCGCUUCCUGCUCGAUGAGUUUCUGGGCUAUGAUGACAUUCUGAUGUCCAGUGUCAAGGCGCUCGCUGAGAACGAGGAAAACAAAGGUUUCCUGAGGAACGUGGUGUCUGGAGAACACUACCGCUUUGUCAGCAUGUGGAUGGCCAGAACCUCCUACCUGGCUGCUUUUGUCAUCAUGGUCAUAUUUACUCUGUCAGUGUCCAUGCUGCUCAGAUACUCUCACCAUCAGAUCUUCGUCUUCAUCGUGGACCUCCUGCAGAUGCUGGAGAUGAACAUGACGAUUGCCUUCCCAGCAGCCCCUCUGCUGACCGUCAUCCUUGCUCUUGUUGGCAUGGAGGCCAUCAUGUCAGAGUUCUUCAAUGACACCACAACGGCCUUCUACAUCAUUCUCAUUGUUUGGCUCGCUGAUCAGUACGAUGCCAUUUGCUGCCACACCAACACCAGCAAGCGCCACUGGCUCAGGUUUUUCUACCUGUACCACUUUGCCUUCUACGCCUACCACUACCGCUUUAACGGCCAGUACAGCAGCCUGGCGCUGGUCACCUCCUGGCUCUUCAUCCAGCACUCCAUGAUCUACUUCUUCCACCACUACGAGCUUCCUGCCAUCAUGCAGCAGAUCCGGAUCCAGGAGAUGCUGUUGCAGAACCAGCAGACGGGUCAGAAUCAGACGGCCCUGCAGGACAACCUCAACAACAACAACCGCGCCGCUGCAGAAGGCGAUCCAGGGCCCGUCGACACCAUCCAGGCCGGAGCGGCCGACGCGGAUCACCCCGCCGCUCCUCGUCCCGACCCUGACCUCCCCCCCUCCACCUCGGUCACACCAGCAGCUUCCGGGGAAGUCCGGUCCGAGUUGAACUGGGUGGCCCAAACUGCGGCUAUCAUCACCGAAGCUCUGUCGUCCUCGGUGGAGUCGGGAGGCGUGUCUGCAGCAGAAGCUGAGGUCAGCGUGGUGGCAGAGUUCUGGAUGGGAGAAGCAGCAGCAGCUGAAGAUCCAAACAUAGUUUCCAUAGGAAUGGAAUCCAGAGCAGAAGGCGGCAGUGCCUCACCUGCAGCGGCGUCUCUGGCGCCUCCAGACUCUGCCACAGACUGCUCCCUCUGCCAGGAUGCAGGAAGUGACUGCAGCUGCAGAGGCGGCGAGCAGCAGAGCUCAUCUCACAGCCCUUCCUGAGGAGCUCUGCUGCUCUCCUGGACCAUGCGGUGCCUCGGUUUGUCAGCUGAUGGGGCUGGUCGACGCCUAACGUUGCACAAGAAACCACGCCUGCUGCUGCAAACUGGAACAGCCAGAACUGCCUUUGAGUUAGUUUUAGACCAAAAUGGAUGAAAUGAGUUCCCAGGCGUCGGUCAGUGACUUUGGACAUGACGGGCUGUUCUUUGGUUCGUCUUCUUCACGGUUAGUUUCCUCUCAAACGGAGGCGAGGCUGCAGCUCUGAUGACGGCAGAGACGGCCGCUCAGCCCAGAAGAUGAGAAGAAGCUUCCAGUAAAAGAGACGGUGGCUGCUGGCUAACUCCUCAUGGAGGGGUUGAUCUGCUGGAGAUGAGGGACGUCUGCUGCUGUUCAUCUUCAUUAUCUAUAUUUAAGAAGUAGUAGAGGAAACUGUUUUUCUGUUCUCUGGCUUUAUUCUCUAACCUCUAAGGCUGCAUUACGCUGGUUGUUGACUAUAGCUCCAUCUAAACACCCAAACUUCUCUGGAAAACACUAAAGACUCAUUCAGUUGGAAGGUAAAGAAUCCAGAACUCAGAGAAGAACCUGCAGCUGCUGAACAGCUGGAUUUCACCAUGCAGGUGUGAAGGCGCUGCAGGACUUGUGCCAUAAAAGUCUGGUUUUGGCCGUGUUCACGCCACGACGGCGUGUUCUCCAGCCGCCUCAGACUGAAGCCCAGGCGACUGGAGAACACCUGCAGACAAACCACAGCAGCUUAGGACAUCAGACCCCUCCAGAUCACCCAGACAUGACACCCACCCACCAGUCCACAGGCCUGCUGUUCAGCUGGGGGGGGUGUCUGAGCACAGCAGAGUGAGACCUGCUGUCAGCCCCCCCUCCUGCAGGCUUUGACGUGUGAUGACAUCUGUGCAGACUCACCUCCAAAUAAAUCUCUGCUCCUGUUG